AUGCGACAAUAAUUCGUCUCACCUCUCUGUCGAUUUUCCGCCACCCGCAACCCUCCAAGAAUGUUCGAUGUUUGAGCCUGAUCAUCAUUCCAGCUCUCUCUCGCUUGUCAUUUUUGUUUCUACUGAUGCGAUGGGGCGAUUGGAUCACAGGAAACGAACUACCAUUUGGAGCUUGCCAUGGUUGACAAAAUUUGCCAUUCGCCUAUAAGGUGUUUGAUGAAAUGACUCAAUGAAUUUUCACUCACCCUUUUGAGAUUCUGUCUCUUGGGCUUCACUUUGAUGCUUUUUGUUGAUUGUUUGCUCACAUUCGUUUGUGGGUUUUAAGUUUCAUGAAAAGAUGCCUUGCUCAACAUAUUGCUAGAACUAAAAAUGCACGAUGUUUUGUUGUGGGACUUGUUAAGAUUGAAGCCUACGUUAAGCUUGAAUGAUUUAUUAGUGAUUUUCAAAUAGAGUAUGAACAACAUUAGUUGCUGUGGUAAAACUUGGAUGACCGGUAUUGUUUAUAGCUUCAUUUGAGAAGUUAAAGAAAAACUGAGGUGCAUAGGGAUUAAGUUGACAAAGAUAAAUUAUUUGUUGAGACGGUCACAUUAUGACUGAUAAUUUUUUAUCAUUAGAUUUUACAAGAGAAGUAAAUUCAAUUGAUAUACAGUAGGUAUGCAAAAUCCUUAAUCCACGUUCAACAAUGAAUACAAGACAACCAUACUAUACUAUGACAACCUUGUUGAAUAGUUUAUUAUCGAUAAGACGUAAAGUGUACAUGAAAAAAACUCGUCUUAAUCAUCACAUUAGAUCCGUGUUUCUUUUUUGUUUUUCUUCGUUCUUUUUCCAUUUCAUACGCCUCUUUAGAACAACUUUUCCAGCUCUCAAUGUUCUAGAGAACCAAAAGAUGGAAGGAGUGUAAACGGAUAGAACUUUUCUCUAUGUAACUUUUCCAGCUCUCAAGGUCCAAAUCAUGAGAAGACAAAAACAAAAGUUAAUAUGAGAGAAGGUUAAUGAUUAUCAAGAUGACAAUGGAAGUGGAUAAUCAUGGUCCCUUCCCCUCUGUGGGUCCCUACCGUUACAGAAUACAUUCAACCUUCAUAUCCAGUCAAAUUAUGGUAACCCAAUAAUCAGAAAGCUACAAGCAGCUAAGAAGAAGAACAAGGAAGGGGGAAGAAGAAGACAUGGAAAGACAGAAGAAGAUUGUGAAGAAGACAAGGGUAAUCAAAGUAUGCUCAGAGGAAUCAUGGGAUUGUUAUGUUACAAAAGCUUUCAAACAAGGCUGCCCUGUUGUAGUGCAUUUUAGUGCUAGCUGGUGCACACCCUCAAGAGCCAUGAGCCCUUUCUUUGAAGAGCUGGCCUUGCAAUACAAAUAUGUUUUGUUUCUUUCCGUGGAUGUAGAUGAAGCUAAGGAGGUAGCAUCCAAGUUGGAGAUAAAGGCCAUGCCCACAUUUGUAUUGAUGAAGAAUGGAGCCCCAAACUAUAAGCUUGUUGGAGCCAACCCAGUUGAGCUGAGUAAAAGGAUCAAGGGCUUCACAUAUGGCUAAGUAUCAAAAGACACUAAGAAUCACAUUUGCCUUCAGCCUUAAAACCAUUCAACUUUUAAGUUCAUAUUUCUUCAAUUCUUGGUGGUAUUGUUAUUGCCUCUUAGUUUUUGGAGAAUGAAUUACUUCCCACAUAAUAUGAUCCCAAUAGGUUUGUAUUUGGGGCAUUUUCUUUUUAGUUCAACGUAAUGGUUCGAGACCA